AUGGCUUCCGCCCUGAGCGACACGCGCACCACCGUCACCGUCGUGGGCGGCGGGGCAUGGGGCACUGCCCUGGCCGCCCACUGCGCUCGCAUGGGCCACGAUACUUACCUCUGGGCCAUGGAGAAGGAGGUCGUGGAUGCUGUCAACAAGCAGCAUGAGAACACCGUGUUCCUCAAGGGCCUCCCUCUCCCAGAGAGCCUGAAGGCGACCAACGACAUUGAGUUUGCGAUCAAGCACGCCGAGCUGGUGCUGACCGUGGUGCCCACCCCCUUCCUCUUCAAGUCCCUGUCCAACAUCAAGGACCUGCUGACCGAGAAGCACGUCAUCAUUUCCUGCACCAAGGGCAUCCUCAACGACACCCUGGAGACGCCCGAUGACAUCAUCAAGCGCGCCCUGCCCGAGAAGCUGCACUCCAGGCUUGCGUUCCUGAGCGGGCCGUCCUUUGCCGCGGAGGUGACCAAGGGUAUCCCCACCGCCGUCACCAUCGCCUCCAAGAACAUCCAGCUGGCUCAGCAUGUGCAGGAGCUGCUGUCCACCAAUCGCUUCCGCUGCUACCGCACCGACGAUGUCGUGGGCGUGGAGCUGGCGGGGGCACUGAAGAACGUGCUGGCGAUCGCCUGCGGCAUCUCCGACGGCGUCGGCUUUGGCAACAAUGGCCGUGCCGCGCUGAUCACCCGCGGACUGGACGAGAUCACCCGCCUGGCGGUGGCUUCGGGGGCCAACCCCCUGACCCUCGCCGGCCUCGCCGGGGUGGGCGACAUCGUGCUCACCUGCUGUGGGGACCUGAGCCGCAACCGCACUGUUGGUCUGCGUCUGGGCAAGGGCGAGAAGUUGGAGGAUAUCGUGUCCAGUCUGGGGGCCACUGCUGAGGGUGUGCUGACCUCCCGCUCGGCCUAUCACUUUGCCAAGAAGAUGGGCAUCGAUUGUGCUGUCAUUGAGGGCAUCUACAGGGUGGUGAACGAGGGCGCUGACCCCGUAGAAGUUGUUGCCACCACAAUGUCGCGCCCGCUUCGCGCUGAGGUGGACGAGAAGGUUGCCGCAGCCAAGUUCUGA